GUUGAAUUUUAAAGUUAUAAAUAAAUUAUAUGUGUGACUACUUAUGCAUUAUUAUUAGAAACAUUGUUUCUAUCUAGCUUUAAUUUUUUAUCACUUAUUAUUCUAGUUCGAAUAGUUGUGAUUCAUUUGAAAUGGCUUUAGCAAUAGCGAUACAAGUAGAAUGUGCUUCCAAUGAGAAUGUUAAAUCGGAUUAUCAUAUUGAACAAAUUUGGCCUCUUGAGGUUGCAGAGCACUGGGGUAAUUCAAUGGAAGGUUUAAAUGCCAGCAUUACAUGGAACACAUUACAAAGUCUCCUGUAUACUCUUGAUAAUAAGGGAAUACUAAAUAGCAAAGAUGAUACUAAUAUUUUUGGUGCCUCUGUAAUGACACAAGUAAUCUUGCGUUUUAUUACCAGUUUUUUAAAGAACUGUAAAUUGCCAUUGAUGUCCAAAGAAAAUUAUACAAAAUUGUGGGAUCAUAGUAAAAAAUCUUGUGAAAUUCUGGCUAAAGUUGCUCUUAUCAUUGUUAAAGAAAAGUUACAAGGUUUGUUGGUGCAUUGGCUUGAAACUGUAUACAUAGUUGGUGAAUUUAUAAUAAUGCUAAAAUAUUAUUGGAAUUGCAUGGACACACAAUUGCAACUACAACUGAUCGAACAAUAUUUCAAUGAAAAACAUUGGAACAAAUUAUGUAAAUUAGUUAAAGAAAGUGAUUGCACAAAAUCAAAAGACUACUUGAAUAAUAUACAUCUACAAAAGUUACGGUACAAAAUGAUGAUACACAGUUUAAGUAAUAAUAAGCAUGACCUAAAGGAAGAACUAAAAGUAGUCUACAACAAUUGGGAAAAUAUUUUGAAUUCAAAACUUAUAUUCAAAUCCUUACUACCCUUAAUGACACAGGCUCAAAUUAUAUACAAGAAAACAAUAAUUUUAUCUCAGUAA